AUGGACUUUCGUGACCACGCACUUCCCAUCACACCGCUUGUUACCCCUGUGAUCGAUGGCGACGUCCCUGUUACCCCUCUGACCGAGACUGAUUCGCUUGAAGAUGAGGAUGAUAACGCCCCUGUUACUCCUCUCAUCGAGACUUAUUGGCUUGAAGAUGAAGAUGGCGACGUCCCUGUUACCCCUCUGACCGAGACUGAUUCGCUUGAAGAUGAGGAUGAUGACGCCCCUGUUACUCCUCUCAUCGAGAAUUAUUGGCUUGAAUAUGAAGAUGACGAACUGCCAAUGAGUCGAAAGGAUGUUGACAAGCUAUGCGGGACACACCCAUCCACUGUCGAGCUGAAGUACUUUACCUUGCAGCUGAAGCUCUUUCAGGGGUUGGGCAGUCUCGCGGAGACCAUCAAGGUCAUGGAGGCACAAAAGAGUUGGGAAUAUACCAUCAAAGAUCGGUUUGUAGCCAAUCAGUACAGAAUUGUCGAGAGCCAAAAAGUGGAAACUGGAUUCUACUGGCGCUUUGUAAGGGGUCUGGAGAGCUUUGCAAAGUUUGUGCCCGAUUGCGAUCCCGACUUACAAGCCUUCCAAGUGAGGUCUGAGCUGGAGACUGCAGCACCCACAUCACGAUUGUCACUCAAUAUGCUAGUUUUUAGUCCUGUCCCCGAAUGUGAACGGGCUGCCGCGCUGCCUUUCGAAGAGUGA